AUUCGGCGUCCGGAUUUUUUUGUCCUACCUCUUCCUGUCGUUGUGGGUAUGGCGGCUCCGCGUCCUGUUAGUCCAGAGGCGCCUUUCAAUCCGUCCCAGGCCCCAGUCAUCGAGGGCUUCAGCCCCACGGUCUAUAGCAACCCAGAGGGCUUCAAGGAGAAGUUUAUUCGGAAGACCCGUGAGAAUCCAAUGGUCCCCAUAGGCUGCCUGGGCACGGCGGCUGCCCUCUGCUAUGGCCUGUACUGCUUCCACCGCGGCCAGAGCCACCGCUCGCAACUAAUGAUGCGCACCCGGAUCGCUGCCCAGGGUUUCACGGUCGUAGCCAUCUUGGUGGGGUUAGCGGCAUCUGCUAUGAAGUCUCGACCCUGAGUGUAUGGACGGGACUUCAAAGCUCCACGGAAAUCAUUCGAAAACCCAGGAGCAACAAACAGCCCUGUCAGACUUGCUCGCCCCUUUUCUGACAGGGCCUUACGAUCAUUUGGGCGAGGAAGUGGCCGAUUUUGUGACUGAUUUCCGUACUGCCGCCCCCAAAAUCCCAGGUUCGCUUCAGUUGGGUUGCAUAUUUCUAUUUGUCAUGUGUCCCCUUAAUUACUUAAUAAAACAUUAAUACACUCGUAUGUGAUGAA